AUCCACAUAGACCCUCUCUCUCUCUCACUCUUUCUCUUUCUUUCUUCAUAUUGCAUUUCUUGUUAUCUUCUCCAUAGCUUUGGUAUUCAUUUGAGGAUUACUUUAUAAGAACUUUUGAUUUUUAUUUGUUCAUUAUUAUGAGUAACCAAAACUCUUAGUUUCUUGUGAGUACUUGCUUGGAUUCUUUUGUUCUUAUGAGCAAAAGAAAGAUUUUGUUUUUGUUUCCUUUCUUCUUCUUCUUCUUCUUCUUCUUCUUCUUCUUCUUCUUCUUGUAGUUAUUGUUUUUAUGUCUUUCUUUGUGGAGUAUUUGAGGGAUGCUUAAGGCAAGAUGCAUGUAAGGAUUUUGUUUUAGAUGAUUUGAGGUUGUUAUAUAGAUCUAGACAAAUUUUGUUAUAUAUUUCAAGUUUUUUUUGGUGAGAAAGAUGAUGAAAGGGUUCAUAAUUCAGCAAAACCAAGUCGAGGAAAACAUGUCUAAUCUCACUUCUGCAUCUGGUGAAGCUAGUAAUUCUUCAAACCAGCAACAGUCUUCUUUUGUCUCUCCAAAUCCAAACCCUGCCAAGAAGAAGAGAAGUCUUCCAGGAAACCCAGACCCAGAUGCAGAAGUGAUAGCUUUGUCACCAAAGACACUAAUGGCAACAAACCGGUUUGUGUGUGAGAUCUGCAACAAAGGGUUUCAAAGAGACCAAAACCUGCAACUUCACAGAAGAGGCCACAACUUGCCAUGGAAACUUAAGCAAAGAACAAGUAAGGAAGUGAGGAAGAAGGUGUAUAUAUGUCCAGAAGUCUCAUGUGUGCACCAUGAUCCCUCUAGAGCACUAGGAGACCUCACAGGUAUCAAGAAACAUUUUAGUAGAAAACAUGGUGAGAAGAAGUGGAAGUGUGAGAAGUGCUCUAAGAAGUAUGCUGUUCAAUCUGAUUGGAAAGCUCAUUCUAAAAUCUGUGGCACUAGAGAAUAUAGAUGUGAUUGUGGCACUCUCUUCUCAAGGAGAGAUAGUUUUAUAACACACAGAGCAUUUUGUGAUGCAUUGGCUGAAGAGAGUGCAAGAUCAAUCACUGGUGUUAAUCCUAUGAUUAAUCACAAUCAUCCUCAUCAUCCUCAUCAUCAACUUCUCUUCUCUAACAACAACUUGAUGAGCAUCAGCAGCCAUGAAACACAAGAGCUGACACUGAAAAGAGAAAGAGAGCAACAGCAUUUGAUGAACAUGAGAGGAGACAUAACUCCAUGGCUAGGAGGACAACAUCAACAACAACAACAUCAACAACAACAGCAACAGCAAGAGUACUCACAUGAGAAUCAAAGCCAAAACCAAGGUCAAGUGUCACUCCAAACUUCUUACCAAACUUCAGUACCAUCUCCACACAUGUCUGCCACUGCAUUGCUCCAAAAAGCAGCUCAAAUGGGUGCAACCAUGAGUAGGCCUUCAAUUCAUGGUCAAAUGGCUGCUUCUUCUUCUACUAGUACAACUACUACUUCAACUUUAUUUGGUCUUGGUUUAUCUUCAAAUCAAGGAAAUGGUGGAAGUAGUGGGGGAACUACACUACUUCAAGAGAUGAUGUUGAAUCCUAUUGCUCAAGCUUCUGGUUUUGAUGGUUCAUUUGAGGAUGCAUUUGGAGGGUUUCUUGUGACCAAGAAAGAAGAGAAGAAGAGGAAUGAGGAAGUUGUAGGGGUAGUAGGACUAGGACUAGGAGGAGGAGGAGGUGGUGGUGUUGUUGGGACUAAUGAAGGGUUGACUAGAGACUUUUUGGGACUUAGAGGGAGAGCAUUGUCACAAAGGGACAUUCUUAACAUGGCAGGGUUGGACUCUUGCAUGAGUUCUUCUUCUUAUGAACAUCAUCACCAUCAUCCUCAUCCUCAACCUCAUCCUCAUCAUCCAUGAAAGACAGUGAGUGUUUGAGAAGGUAAGGAAAAAUAUUUACUUUGCUCACUCACUAGUGAUGUCUUUAUUUAAUUUUGUGGUAAUUAAGAGGUUGCUAUUGCACUCUUAAAAGUAUUCCUCCUUAAUUUUCUUCUAUGUUGAUUUUCAUCUAUCUUGUUUAAUUAAUUACUGUUGUAAGUUCUUUAUGUGUAUUAUGUUUGUAAUAAAGAGCAUGCAAAUUAAUAAUUAAUAAUGCAAGAAAAUGGGUGCAAACAAACUUGAACCUUGAGGAUCACACAUAUAUUGGCUACUAAAUGAAAAAGGCUAUCAAUCA